UUGAUACAGUCUUACUGAUUUGCUAUGAACUUAUUAUAAAUGUUAGUUAACUUUCUUAAUUGCUAGUUGGAGAAUUGCUUUUGCGGGUCGACCCACAACCCAACCGCACCCAUCCGCCACCCGCCCAACCCAUCCCGCAGAAGUAUGUGGGUGGAUUGCGGGUCACCAUUAUUCCAACCCACUAGUAAACGAGUGGGUCAAUUUGAGACCAAAAACCACCCAACCCACCCGUUGCCCACCCCUAGUCACUGUACUACUAGUCUACUCCAACUCCGACUCCGACUCCCAACGGCCAACCACUCUAAGCUGUGGAUGAUUUCUAUUAACAUAUAAUUUUUUUAUUCUAUAAUAUUGGAGCUUCGAUAAUGUUCAACCACAAUUAUAAUCUCCAAUCUCCUAACCUUUUCCCCACAACCCUUCGAUACCGUCUUUUCCAAGGGCCCCACGCAACUCCAUCUACAAGGAACAACAAGAAGUUUUUAUUUGUCACUUUAUGGACAAUUCAGUUAAUAGUGGUUGAAAUUUUCCUAAAAAUUAUACAAGAAGAUCGAUAAGCCUACGACACUCCCUAAACAUGAUCCCUCACUCCCAGAGAAUCCACCACCUUGGCUAAGUUGACGAAUGACUACUUCGGCACCACCUUUCAUGAUGCAACGUGACAAGCUUCUUGAGACCGCAACCGAAAUAGCAUUUCUAGCGCCGCAUGUAAUUCCGCGAGGUAAGGAACAGACCGCCUGAUGCUUGAAUUGUAACAGCUAGAAAAACAUGUCCGUCCGAGACAUGAACAACAAGGGCCCGACAAGCAAACCUCUCAACAAAUAGUCUCACUUGAGGGGAGAUCGAGUUGCAUCGCGCCUCUCGACUUGUCCAAAUUCAAAAGAAAUUAAUGUUCAAUACUCUCUUAGUGCCUCCAUCCAAUAUGAUAUCGGAUAAGAUGCCGUCAACGUAUGCGCGCGGAUUUCAUACUUCCUUGGUUCUGUGGUGCCGACGGGAUCUAUUGGUUUUGACAAGUGUCAUGCUCUCGAUCUCCUAUAUCUAUCUUAUUUUAUUUGAAUUAUACGCCAUUUUUUUUAUAUUUCCUUUCUUUUAAAGCUAACAAGAUAUAUUUUAUAAUAAAGGAAGCUAAUUACCACAUCCAAAAUAAAUCCUUCCAUUAUCUCCCAUUUCUAUAAAUAGAGGGGAAAUCAUGGUGGUAGAGGUAUCAUAAAAGCCAAUAUCUAAAAGUCACUUCCAAAUUUCUAGAACUAUCAUUCCCUUCCCUUCCCUUCCCUUCCCAUCUCAUCAUGGCAGAAGAGCGUUCGGUGGCGUUGCCAAGAUACAUGAGGCUGAGGAGCAGUUCGGCCGGGAAAUACCUGCGUUUCACCGAUGACGACAUACAGCAACACGGUCACCUCCAGUUCACUGGUGAAACCGCCGUCCACAGCCCUUACGUCAAGUUCGAAGUGGAACCCUCGAGGAGCGUGCGAGGCUUGGUCCAUCUCCGGUCCUGCUACAACAACAAGUACUGGGUGCGAACCUCACCGACCCAGGUGUGGAUCGCCGCUCACUCCGACGUCCCGGAAGAGGACCAAUCCAAGUGGUCGUGCACGCUCUUCAGCCCCACCUAUCUGAGUUCCAUGGUGACCGGCGGCAACGGUCUCCCUGACCACUUCUUCCGCUUCCGCCACGUGCAGCUCGACCACAACGUCGGCGUCUCGCCUUGGGGCCAGUGGCCCUUCACCGACUUCCUCUUCGUCCGAUCACAAUCGUCCAACGCGGUCGUCGUCGUCGACGACCGAUUCGCCGUCACGGACUGGGAGUCCCUCCACGUGCUACCAGCAACAGAAAUGCCGCGGCCGGGAACGAGGAGAGGCCCCCAGUUCUGGAUCCUGGGGGACUCCACCGACACCACGGGAAGCAACAUAGACACCGUGUUCUGGCCCGUGAGAGUGAACCGCAACGUGGUCGCGUUGCGCCUCCCGGGGAACAACCGGUACUGCAAGCGCCUCACGAGCGACGGCAAGACGAGCUGUCUCAACGCGGCGGAAGUCACAAUAUCGGUGUUCGAGAGGCUGGAGGUUGGGGAGUGGGUGAGGAAAAGGAGCAUAUCGAACGUACAGUUCCGCCUCCUGGACGCCCGCAUCUACAACCAGGUCCCCCGAACCCUGGCCCGAACCAUCGUUACCAAUAACUCCUCCCAAACCAACACGCCCGUUAUUAGGUUCCGGUACCGGAACACGAUAAGCCGGCACUGGCAGAGCACCGUGUCCUUUAGCUACGGGAUCUCCUCCACGGUGUCAGCCGGCAUCCCGCUCUUCACGGACGCGUCACUCACGGUUCAAUGGGAGCUCUCGUCGGAAUACACGUGGGGCCAAACCGUCGAGACCUCCGAAGAGCAGGAACAGGAGUACCCGGUCACGGUGGGUCCCUAUACCAGGGCGACCAUCACUUUUCAGGCAACGGAAGGGUUUUGCGACGUCCCUUUCUCCUACACUCAGACGGACGAACUCUUCGAUGACAGGAUCGUUACUACCCGAAUGCACGACGGACUCUACACCGGCGCUAAUCUCUACGAAUUCCAUUGGGAAAACAACGAGGAGAGUCUACUACCCGCCGACGAGAUCAAGCUCGCCCAGGAACACGUGGGGGUGGGGAAGAAGAAGAAGGAGGUCGAGCUCAAGGUGGAGCUGGGGGAGGCCGAGAUCGUCGCCGAUCGAGAGGAGGUGGAAGACAAAGAAGAAUGACCGGAUUCAACUUGGUGGCCGGCCGGCGGGGGAAGGAGGGAGGGAGCUUAAUAAAUUGAUUGAUCACUCACUUUCUCAAUCAGUAGUAACACCCUAAAUAAUGGCACCUCAUCCCAUCCUUCGUGGUCCCCCCUCACUUUAUCCUACGUCCAUUUGUUUUUGUUUUGUUUUGUUUUGUUUUUUCACAGUUUUAAGGUGUGGUUUGCUUUCCCGUAAUGGUUAAUUUUAUGUAUUGUGGUUAAUAUAUUUGUCAAAUUAUGUAUGUGUGAAUGUAUUGAAGAUUUGUCGUUUUCGUGUAUCUUUGAUCGUGUUGAAUGAUUUAAAAAAAAACUAUCAUGGAGAGGACAUGGAGGACAAUUCAUAUUAUCGUCCAAAUUAAAUAGGAUUAAACAAAAUUGCAUUUGAGAGAUAGUUCGAUUAUUUUGCAUUUGAGAAUAUGAUUAAUGUUCUAGAGACAAAUUAAUCUCCAAUCCCAACUCAACUCAAAGUGAUUCCAUGGUCUCAAUUCAUUCCACUCUCCCUUCGCCCCUUUUGUAAUUUUUGUGGGAACGAAUAAUGUGCUAACUUUAUAAGACGUUACCAUCAUGCUAACUAGUCUAAAGAAAAAGAAUAACCACUACGACUACAAAAAAAACAAUAACUAAUUCUACAAAAAGAGCAAUGAUUACUUUGUGAAUGUAGCACUAUAACUCCAGACUUCAAACGACUAGAAGCCGUGGUUGGAAGGCUAGUUUGGAAUUUGGUGGUAAGUAUGCUAUGGAGAGAACGGUGUGGCGGAGUUUAUGACGACAAAGCAACUCAACCUGGGGUGAUCAUCCGUAUGAUCAUCAGGCGACUGAUUGAGUCAGCUCGUAUAGCUUAUAUGUUGAUUGUUGGAAAGUGUUUUUGAGUUAGAAUGUUUCUUUUGUAUUCUGGUAGUCUUGUAUAUAGAGUUCUUUCAUGUCUCUGCCUUCUGCAGUUGUGUCAUUCCAAGUGUGUCAUUCUAGUUGGAGGACACAUUGAGCAUUAAUAAAAUUCUUUGAUAUUGCGUGUAUUUAUAUGGUGGCGUCUUCGGUGCACUCACUUUUUUUAGUGCAUUCAGUGCACCCGCUUCAUAACCAUCAUUCUAAACAUGCGAUUCAUGUCAAAAUGAUGUCAAUCAUCACUUAUGACAUGAUGAAAAAUAACACACAUGAAUUUGCACAAAAAUCAUUCAACAUUUACUUUAAGUUGAAAGAUUUACAGUUUAGAGAUUUAGGAUUAGGGUUAGGGUUUACAAUUUGGGCUAUAGGGAUAGAACUCAUCUUAUUACACUAAUUCUACAAAUUAAAAUUCAAAAUCCGACACCUUAAAACUAAUUUUUCAGUUGAGUGUAUUGAACGCACUCACUUUUGUGCGCACCGAAAUAGCCACCUAUAUAUAUGUGUUCGACUUUCCCCCACAAUUAUCAUCUCCAAUCUCCUAACCUUUUCCCCACAACCCUUCGACAUCUUCUUUUCCAAGGGGGAUAAGAUAACCCUUUGAUGGACACAGCGACUACUGCAAAAGGACCAUGCAUGUAACGUGUGGUGGGAUUCACUCGUCGACUCAAAUAAUGAAACGAAAACUGCCCUUAAUUUGCUUUGCUGCAGGACCAUUUUCAUGAACACAGCUAAAGCUGCAAAGGGACCAUGUAACGUGGGGGGCAUUCCCUCGUCGAGUCAAAUGAAUAGGAUACCGUCCUUUUUGUGGGACCAUUUUGGGGCAUUUCAAACGAAAACAAUUAGAUUGAUUUGUGGUGUCCUUCUCAUUUCUCAGACGUGGAGACGUCCCCAACUCAAUUAGCUGCAUGGGCCAGGUACGUGAGUAGCAGUGGGAGGAGUCUCACUCAGAACCAAUACUCUCCUACAGACUGGAGCGUGAAGAUUUCGAACGUUCAAUUUGGACAUCAAGAAGAGAAAUCGGUCGGUGCCAAGGGCUUAGCUAGUAAUGGGGACGAACUACAUUAAAGUCGUCCCCAAAAG